AUGCCAUUAUCGACGUCCAAUUGCGCAAUCUUGCUAGCCUUAAAUCUUCUCUUUAAUAGAGCUCAAGGAAUAGAAAGAGAAAUCAUCGGCUAUCGAUCAGUUGGCGAUGAAGAAGCCAACUUGAUUAAUUCUUCUCAUAAGCCGUAUAGAGACAGAAAAUACGAUGAGAACGGUGAAUACCUUCGUCAAAUAGGAAGUGGCUUUUAUAUGACAAAUGAGCCUGCUUUCUGGAAAUAUUCGUAUAAUCAUUGUGUUAUCAAAGCGGAUAGUGAUAAGAUUGAAAAUGCGGAUAAAAUAUACAUCCCAAAAGAUUAUCACAAAUUGACUUCAACUGGUAAGAUUGAAGAAAAUUACUUAUGGAAUGGAGACGAAAAACUCCUCUCGGAAUUUAUCGAAAAGAUGAUCUUAGACCCCGAGAAGACGCUACGAUUUUCAUGGAUCUUACAUCACGGUCCUCAUUUGCAAAUGGUUAUUCCAACUGAUGUAUUGAAUAACGAUGAUCUAGAUUUAUGGGCUGAAUGCUUUGAAUCAGAGAAGGAGCUACUGGAAUAUUCGAGCAAAAUUAUCGAUUGGGACAGUUGGAAUAUUAUUGGAGAUCCUGGAUUACCGAGCAACUAA